AUGGCCAGCGCCGGCCCGAGCAGGUGCGCCGGAGCCAGCCGCCGCUCUCGCCCACCGCUGAUCCCAACGUCGCUGCCGCUCUCGCCCACGCAGGGGAAGAACAACAAUAAGCCGGUCAAGCGCCCAUCGGCGCCCGUCGACGCCGAGGUCGAGGAGGGCGAGAAGCCCUUCCACAGCUCGGUGUUUGAGCAGGAGCGCCUCAACAGUCUGAUCAACGCGCCCGAGAGGCAGACAUGGGACGAGUUCAAGGAGACGCUGCGCAAGAAGGGCGAGAUGGAUGGCGACGAGACGCGCCUGCAGGAGGAGGCGCAGCGCCGCUUCCGAAAGGAGCUGGAUGAGGCGCGCACCACAAGACGCGCGCGCGCAGCGAGGAUGGGCGACGGCAAGGGCGACUCGUCAGCCAAGGAGAAGCGGAGCAAGAAGGAGAAGAAGGGAAAGAAGGAGAAGAAGGAGAAGCGGAAAAGGGAGAAGAAGAAGAAGCGGCGGAGGGACGCGUCGGACUCGGACUCGGACUCGGCGGACGCGAAAAAGAAGAAGAAGAGCAAGGACGGCGGGUCGGGCGGCGGGCCGGUGCGGCUGAGCUCCUUCUUCAACGGCAGCAGCUCGGACUCCGACAGUAGCUAG